GCGCUCCAGAGCCGCGGCGAGGAGAGACAUGGAAGAAACCCGCACUCAGUGCGCCCCGCCGCCGCCCGCGGGCUCCCAGACUGGGGUUCCACAAGCCAAUCUCUCCUCUGCUCCCCACAACUGCAGCGCCGAGGGCUACAUUUACCAGGACUCCAUCGCCCUGCCCUGGAAAGUACUACUUGUCAUGUUGCUGGCACUCAUCACCUUGGCCACCACGCUCUCCAAUGCUUUUGUGAUCGCCACUGUGUACCGGACCCGGAAGCUGCAUACCCCAGCCAACUACCUGAUCGCCUCCCUGGCCGUCACCGACCUGCUCGUAUCCAUCCUGGUGAUGCCCAUCAGCACCAUGUACACGGUCACCGGCCGCUGGACGCUGGGCCAGGUGGUCUGCGACUUCUGGCUGUCGUCGGACAUCACCUGUUGCACUGCUUCCAUCCUGCACCUCUGUGUCAUCGCCCUGGACCGCUACUGGGCUAUCACGGACGCCGUGGAGUACUCAGCUAAAAGGACUCCCAAGAGGGCCGCGGUCAUGAUCGCGCUGGUGUGGGUCUUCUCUAUCUCCAUCUCGCUGCCGCCCUUCUUCUGGCGUCAAGCCAAAGCCGAGGAGGAGGUGUCGGACUGCGUGGUGAACACCGACCACAUCCUCUAUACGGUUUACUCCACGGUGGGCGCUUUCUACUUCCCCACCUUGCUCCUCAUCGCCCUCUACGGCCGCAUCUAUGUGGAAGCCCGCUCCCGGAUUUUGAAACAGACGCCCAACAGGACCGGCAAGCGCCUGACCCGAGCCCAGCUGAUAACCGACUCCCCCGGGUCCACGUCCUCGGUCACCUCCGUUAACUCGCGGGCUCCCGAUGUGCCCAGCGAAUCCGGAUCCCCCGUGUACGUGAACCAAGUCAAAGUGAGAGUCUCCGACGCCCUGCUAGAGAAGAAGAAACUCAUGGCCGCUAGGGAGCGCAAGGCCACGAAGACCCUGGGGAUCAUUUUGGGAGCCUUUAUUGUGUGUUGGCUGCCCUUCUUCAUCAUCUCCCUGGUGAUGCCUAUUUGCAAGGAUGCUUGCUGGUUCCACCUGGCCAUCUUUGACUUCUUCACGUGGCUGGGCUAUCUCAACUCCCUUAUCAACCCCAUCAUCUAUACCAUGUCCAAUGAGGACUUCAAACAAGCAUUCCAUAAACUGAUACGCUUUAAGUGCACAGGUUGACGUGUCAGUUGCAAUGGGGUAGCCUGAGCGGCCUUUGGGGACCAUGUUGGGUCUGGUUCCACAGGUAGGUCGACUCUUCUUUCACUGUUAAUGGGUCGGAUUGAGGCUCUAUCUCCUGGACAAGGGGAAUGGAUCCUGAGAAGCCAGGACAGCCCUGAGAGAGAGCUCUGAGAGGAGAACUGUUCAAACUAAAGAUAGAGCUUCCCUGCAGAGGAAGAGGCUCACUUCCUCCCCUCAAACCCCAGGUCCAGCACUGACCCUGCGGCAGCCAAUCACAAGGGAGGGGUGUAACUUUUUAAAAACCAGUGAUGGGAGGGGGUCCCUGCCCUGCUUCGGUAUCAAGGAUCAUGCCCUCUAGAACCAGUGGUACUCCUACUUGUCUGAAGCCUGAGACAGAUCUACAUACAGCCUGGCAGUACUUGAACUAGACGCAUAAUACCCUUUGUAUUGGGGAGAAUUUUGUGUUACGGCUUCAUUUAAGAAGAGUUACUUUGGCAUCCUUCAGUCUCCAGUUUUUGUUUAUUUAAACUUGGUUGGAGAAACUUGUGGAUUUGGUGCUUCAAACCUUAUGUGUGGCUUGGAUGAUGCAGAGAAACCUUGAAGAGUUAACAGCAAAAUUCUGAUGUUAAGAUCUCUAUUUUUAUUAUAAUUGAAACUAUAUGGGGUGGGUGGGGGGGAAUGGGAGAUGGGGAGCAUUAAGCUGAGAACCAACACCUAUGAUUGUUUGUUUUCUGCAGAUUUGUAAUUUUUUAAAAUUCCUAUUUAGUGAUUGUCAAAGCACAUUCUAACAACUCAAACAAAACAGUAUGUGUGCUAGUGCCAAAGUCUGCAGAUUGCUUUAUUUUCCUCCUAAUUUCAUGUACCUGUUAUUUUACACAUUUAAAUCCCCAUAAAUGAAGGAUAUGGUGGGUGACUCAGCCCAAGCUGCUGCUAUAUUUCUUAUUAAUGCAGUCAGUUAAACUGAUGAGUAUAUACUGCUCCUUAACAAGGAAAGUAUCCUUAUUCUUUCUCCAACUCAGUGAGAUGUAAAGGAGACUGAUAAAAUAGAAAUGGUUCUUCUAUAAUUAAGGAACAGGGGGCAAUAGGAGGAUGUAUAUUUUGACUUGUAAAAAAUCUUAAAUGCAUGAGACUUUUUUCUGAUAGUCAUUUACACUCCUUCCCAUCUGUAAUUCCUUUGUGUGCUAACAUAAAGCAACCAAGAGAAUCAGCUCCUUUUUCCAAAAAUCUUCCAAGUGCAGUAAGAACCCAACAAGUAUACUAAAGAAAAAAAAAAACUUGUUUAUUUUCCCUUGCUAUUGAAGUUUGGGUGGGAACAAAGAUUAUUAGAAAAUGACAUGCAAGGACUUUAUAAAAGCUUAGGGAAGCUGAAAUUGAGCCUGUUUUUCCUGUAACUCAUGGAAUCAAACCUGACUUACUAGGCAAUCAGGGAACUGACAAGCUUUUGAACCUGGGAAAUUCGUCACUGACCUGAUACCUCAAUGAAUAUAAUAUCAGUAGUACUUUAUAUUUAUCUGUCUUUUCAAAUUUCAAUAAUACUUUGUUGUUAUCUCAAAUUCACUCUGAGGACUCUCCAACACAGGGAAAGAUUACACAACAAAAGAUGAAAAAUACAUUAUCUAAAUAAAAAGGAGUAGCCCUGAAGGAUCAUCUGCACAGAAAAAAAAAAUCUGUAUGUGGAGCAUUUAAUAUGCCAAAGAAGAUUCACACUCCAUUCUUCAGAGAGCUUUCUGCAGUUUGAUACCUUUUGUCUGCAGAAGCAAGUUGUCUUUGUAAAAUGGAUUCACUCCCUGCUUGAAGCUCCCAGUCCAGACUGUCAGACAAUAGAUGUAUUGAGCUGAAGUAUGCUGCUGCUUUCCUACUGUGCAGACCUUCACUCUGGGGUAAUGACUCUUGAAAACAGACUAUUCAAAAGUUCACCCAUAAAUUAAGUAAAAAGGGGGAUUUUGAUCAAGAUUUACACCUGUCGCUGGAGUAAAAUAAAAUUUUAGGCAUUAGACAAUCCCUAUAUUCUGUUACAUCCCCAGGGUUUUUGUUUGUUUGUUUGUGACAUUUCUCCUAUGGAGAAAUCUAGCUUACUACUGAUAGGAAUGUGCAUCCAGCACGGUAUUUGUUUCUAUGUUACCAAUAUGUUUGUCUUUUGUCUAUGCAGCUGUGUUUUCUUUGGGCCUAAGAAACAAUUAAGCCAACUUCUAGGAGCCCGAGGGGGGAAAAUUAAUUGAAAUAAAUAGCCACUUACAAAUGACUUCUUAAUAGGGCACCUACAAUGAUUGUGUCCUCAUAUUAACAAACAUGGUCAACUUAGUCACAUGGGUUGUUUGCCAUUUGUAGAUUACCCACUUACGGUUUUGCUUUAUUAUUUGGCUGAAUUGACUGAAUUUGAGGCAUAUUGUGUGAAAUAGAAGCUUGCAAAUCUUUGUAGUUAUAAGAGAUCUAGAAUCAUCAUCCAGCAUUGAACAUGAUAAUGCAAAGUGUACUCAUCCCAGGGGUAUGUAGUUAAGACUGUUACAUUCCUUGUCAGUUACUGCUGCCUCUAGCAUAAUUUGUUUCAUAAACUAGACGUAUGGCUUUUUCGCAGAACAUAAAAUGGGCGAUGGAAAUGUUUAACUUACAUAGAAAUGAAAAAAUAUUUUCAUUGGCUGUGGUUACAAAUAACAUUUGCCAUAAUGUUUAAUUGCACAAAAUUUCACGCAAAUAUACGAAUGUAUGCUCAUUCAAAAAUACCACUAUUGUCUUGUGUUUCUAGGAAUUUUAGAGUUUCCUUUUUAAAAAUGGACACGGCACCCGUGAAUGAAUGGUUAUGGAGUUCAACAAAGUUCCUACAGAGUAAUAUUCUUCACUUUUCCUCUCUAUUAUCUUAGUUUUAUCUUCUUUAACCAGGAAACCUUGAGAGGACUAUAAUUCAUUCAAGCAGUAAAAUCUCAGAUAAUGUGUGUUUGAUGGAGUUGCUGUGACUGAAAAUUGCCUUUGGUGUUCCACCUUUCAACAAAUGUGUAAUUGGAAAUGACAUUUAGGAAACUAAUGAAAUAAAGUCCUUUUCGUGUUCAAAAAA